UGCCGUCGGCGGCCGAUUCAACUACCAGAAUGCCAGAAAUAAUAAUUUUGGCUUCGCUGUUUGACCCAUUAGGAUCGGCGAAGAGUCUCGGAGACGAUUGAGCAAGAACUCAUAGCUAUGACCUCGGCCCAGGUGGAGAAGCAAUCGAGCAAAACCAAAAAGCCCAAGGCAGACGCGCAGAUGACGAACAUUCCCAGCUACGGGGUCGACUUCUUUGAACACAGACGCAAAUUAUGGCUAGCAGGAAAGGCUUAUCCUCAACCGACCAGCUCUGAGCUGCCGCUAACGUACACUGUUACCGCAAUGGAUCCACAGCCUAAAUCAUUUGUCAAGUCUAUCUCUCGAGAGACACCCUCGAUUCAGAGACUGGACCGUUUGCUACAGAAUGAACGAGCCAUAGGAGACAAGUCAACGUGGGAUAACGGCGUCUCUAGAGUCUGGAGCAUGCUCGAUUGUGGUCGGCAUCUUUCUACCCCGAUCCCACUGAAUUUGGUGAUCAAGGUAUUAAGAUGUAGCUGGGUCCGGGAUGGGACGUGGACUAUUGACCCCGUGACGAAACGGCCAGCCGUCCCACCAGAAAGCCCGCCUCUGCCUUCGGAUAUUGUCCCUAUCCCACAGCUGGAUCCGCUCCUCAAAAGCAAGCACAAGGGCCAGCUUCGCUUGUCAUCUCCGACAAAGUGGAAGAACGGGCCAGUGAUCGACGAGGAGGGUUCAGAAAUGGUAUCGUCUGGAAAAUGAUGAUCGAGGACCCCCUCACCGACACGGAAAUGUUUCAUCUCCGGGUAGAAGGCAGUUCGUCAACCUGACCGACAGUAAUCGCUCGCGUCCCGUUCAGAGACCGUGCCAACUGGGGCGGACUUGCGCCACAGAAAUCAUUUGGCCAUCGCAAUGCCAAAUGCGCCUAA